CAGCCUAAGGACAAGGGGAUAGCUAGGACUAGGAGAGAGACUCAUCAUCCAAACAGUGUUCUAUUUUAAGUAAUUUUCCUACGUCUUUUCUUUUGGAAUACAACACCUUCCGAAUCAAACCAAUACAUUCAUCUCAACAACAAUUCUACUCUCAGAACUUCGCUCCGGUUCCUUUUAAAUACAGACUAGUUUCAGGCCUUUCGAUCGAUAUUUCAAUCUUCUUCUACUUUGUCUCUUCCUUCUGCAUCUGUGCAAUACUCUGCAACCAUGGGAACCCAAACUACAUACGACCAGAACUCCACUGUCUCCGACAAGAACCAGGAACCGGCUAAGGAGAAGCAAAUCGACGACUGGCUUCCCAUCACUUCUUCGAGGAAUGCUAAGUGGUGGUACUCAACCUUUCACAAUGUCACCGCCAUGGUUGGAGCUGGAGUACUCAGCCUGCCUUUUGCCAUGUCGGAGCUCGGAUGGGGUCCUGGUGUGGCCAUACUUGUGUUGUCUUGGGUCAUCACUCUGUACACCUUGUGGCAAAUGGUCGAGAUGCAUGAGAUGGUUCCAGGGAAGCGGUUCGACAGAUACCAUGAGUUGGGUCAAUAUGCCUUUGGCGAGAAGCUUGGUCUCUGGAUCGUUGUACCCCAGCAGCUGGUAGUCGAAGUUGGUGUCAACAUAGUUUACAUGGUUACUGGAGGGCAAUCCUUGAAGAAGUUUCAUGAUACAGUGUGUAGCAGCUGCAAGGAUAUUAAGCGCAGCUACUUCAUCAUGAUCUUUGCUUCUAUCCACUUUGUCCUCUCUCAACUUCCCAACUUUAACUCCAUUUCUGGUGUCUCUUUGGCUGCAGCAGUCAUGUCCUUGAGUUAUUCAACCAUUGCUUGGGGAGCUUCUGUUGAUAAGGGAGUUCAAGCAGAUGUGCAGUAUGGGUACAAAUCCGAGAGCACUGCUGGAACCGUGCUUAACUUCUUUAGCGCCUUGGGCGAUGUGGCAUUUGCAUAUGCUGGGCACAAUGUUGUCUUGGAGAUUCAAGCAACCAUCCCUUCAACUCCUGAGAGGCCAUCCAAGAAACCCAUGUGGAAGGGUGUCAUCUUUGCCUAUAUUAUUGUGGCUGCUUGUUACUUCCCGGUUGCAUUGAUCGGCUAUUGGAUGUUUGGCAACUCUGUUGCAGACAAUAUUCUCAUCUCACUGGAGAAGCCUGCUUGGUUAAUUGCCAUGGCCAACAUGUUUGUUGUCAUUCACGUUAUUGGAAGCUAUCAGAUUUAUGCGAUGCCAGUGUUUGACAUGAUAGAAACAGUGUUGGUUAAGAAACUGCAUUUCACCCCUGGACUUAGACUCCGUUUGAUUGCUCGCACUUCAUAUGUUGCAUUAACAAUGUUCAUUGCUAUGACGUUCCCUUUCUUUGGUGGGCUUCUUGGAUUCUUUGGAGGGUUUGCUUUUGCACCAACUACCUACUUUCUCCCUUGCAUCAUGUGGCUCGCCAUUUACAAGCCUAAAAGGUUCAGCUUAUCUUGGAUUACCAAUUGGAUUUGCAUCAUACUGGGUCUUAUGUUGAUGAUUUUUUCACCCAUUGGUGGGCUAAGGCAGAUAAUUAUCCAGGCCAAAACCUACAAGUUUUAUUCAUGAUCAUCUUCUGCUAACAUUACAAGAGGACAGAAUGCUUAGAGGGAUCCAUAUGAUGACAAUGGAGAGAAUGUUGAUAUAUAUAUAUACCCAAAGCUGACAGCUGCUGGUUGGAUGUCGUGAGUUUUUAAGUAAAUAGGACUUAUGACUUGGUUCUUCUUGCAAUUUCGUUCUAUACGUACCGAUAGAUAGGUGGACUGUGUAUAUGAGCACAAAAUAAAAGGGUUAUUUUUCACCGAGUUUCGUGUUUGUUUUCGAACUGCUUCUCUGCAUUUGUGUUUGUGAAUGAACUCUAUUCUUCCAUGCUUUCUCUA